AUGGUGGCCGCCAAGAAGAUUAAGAAGUCCCAUGAGAGCAUCAACAACAGGCUUGCUCUUGUCAUGAAGAGUGGCAAUUACACUUUGGAUUACAAAACUGUGCUUCACACCCUAAGAAGCUCCAAAGCGAAGCUGGUUAUCGUUACCAACAAUCACCCUCCUUUUCGGAAGUAUGAGAUAGAGUAUUAUGUGAUGUUGGCUAAAGUUGGGGUUCACCACUACAAUGGGAGUAAGUUUCUUAAUCUUCUUAUUGCCUUCCACUCACAUGCAAAAUCUCCUUUUGGCAAUCUUGAUAGUGUUGAGGGUGUCAUCAAACACGCUUCUAGCAACAAAUGCUUAUUGCCAGUGACAACUGUUGAACAAUGA